AUGUUGAAGAUAUCUGGAGAAUUGCUUGUGAUGGGGUAUGAGAAGGUAGGGCGGGGCCAAGCCAAGCUCGAGGAAGAUGGGAGCCUUGGGCCCAAUCUUGAGGUGCUCGACCUGCUGGACAGUCAGGGUGAAUUUCUUUUGCUGGAGCUUCUCUAG